AUGACAUUAAAGUGCAAUAACUCGUUAAGGAUUUUAUGGCGUCAAUUAAUAAUUAUUGCAAUCAUUUGCUUGAUACCUACUUCAUACGGAUUAAAUUGCACAAGUGAUCCAUGUAUGUAUGGGAUCUGCUUAGAUAAUGAUAAUUCAUACUCAUGCUACUGUAUUGAUGGAUACACUGGUAUAAAUUGCGAAAUAAAUUGGGAUGACUGUUGGUCGAAUCCUUGUUACAACGAUGGCACCUGUAAUGACGGAGUCGCCUCUUAUAACUGCACGUGUCCUGAUGGUUUUAUAGGAGUUAAUUGUGAAACAAAAUAUAGUGAGUGUUUGAAUCAACCGUGUCUUAAUAAUGGCACAUGUAUUGAUUACAAUGGAUUCACGUGCCAAUGUCAAGAAGGAUAUUCAGGAGAUUAUUGUGAGAUCGACGUAUCAGUUUGCAACAGUACAAUUUGUAAAAAUGGAGGUGAAUGUAUCGACGGUCCCGGAUACUCGUACAACUGUCACUGCCGGGACGGGUGGACUGGUGAGCUGUGUGAAGAAGACAUCGAUGAAUGCCUGAGCUCGCCUUGUCAAAACGGAGGACUUUGCCUAAACGUCCCAGCUACUUACACAUGCGCCUGUUUAUUCGGUUUUACUGGAAAAGACUGCGACAAGUUGAUAAUCUCCUGUGAAGAAAAUCCGUGUAAAAACGAAGCGAUGUGCUUGCUGGAAGACAAUCAACCAGUCUGCUACUGCGUCCCAGACUAUCAUGGGCAAUUAUGCGAACUGCGUUACAAUGAUUGUGAAUCGAAGUUUGCUCGCUGUGAAAACGGUGGGAUGUGUGUCGACGGGAUCAACAGUUUCAUGUGUUCCUGUCCCUCGCCUUACACUGGAGAAAUGUGUUCCAUUUACAAUCCAGCUUUAACAACUGAAUUUCAUCAAAUAAAUAUAAAUACAACUGAAAAAACUGGUGAAGCACCAAUUUUUACCACUUCGGUAUUCACAAGUCCCCAAACGCAAGUAACUGAAUAUGAGCUGGAUCGUCAAAGUACAACUGAAAAAUUUACUGAAUUAACAUCACCAAUUACAGAAAAUUCUACUAAAUUAUUUACCAGUAGCACUAACAGUACAAUUAUGAAUGAUACAAGGACUGAAAGUCCAGUUGUUUAUGAAACAACCACUGAUACUUAUCAGUAUACUACCUCGCAACUGAUUACUUCUUUAGAUUAUUUAUCAAGUACAACUGAAGACAAUCUAGAUAAAACGACUGCCCCAGAGACUUCAACAAAUGUCUUCCAAAUAAAUGAAACAAAAAAAUUAAUAAAAAAUUUUUCUACUGAAACUUCCUUAGAUUCUUAUACCAAAGUACCGAUUGUUCAAUUAAAUGCGACUGAUAUGACAUCAUCUUCAUUGCCAUCAACUAUGUCGACAAUAAAAUUGACUAGUUGGUCAUCUGAAAUAAAUUUAACGACUGAAUUAUCUAGUGAAGCUGAAAAAAUUAUUACGACUUCAAUGCCGACUAUUUUAACAUCUACAAAAAUAUUUAAUGAAAGUUUGAUUACUUUUGAGAUACCUACUUCGUCAACUAUUGAUUUACCAAUGACCAUACCUACUCUCAGUGAAUUAACGACUGAUAAAUCGCACAUUACUUCAACAAUUAUGUAUUCUACUGAAGCUGAAGGACGCUCCAAGGCGUAUAAUUGCACUGAUGAUUGUAUUCAUGUUACUCCUUGCACAUCGGGAAAUUCUAGCCAGUGUGAUUGUGAUUCGUCGGACUGUACUCCAGCAGUAACACAAUCGUCGACUAUCACAAACGCGGCUUUUAACGGGAAAUCUUACGUUCGUCAACAACUCAAAAUAGAUGACAGUGGACUGUUGAAAAUUUACUUAAGAUUAAAAACCAAGUCAAAGAGUGGAAUUAUUAUGCAUGCGUUUUUUGAUGAAGAAAGGUAUGUUUUAUUAUAUAUGGAGCUGGGACAAUUGAAAUUUCAAUUUUCAUGUGGACUACAAACUAUGUUACUUGGAGAAAUAGAUAGUCCGAUUAAUAAUGGAAGAGAUGUUGAUAUAGAAAUGAGAUUUAAGUAUUUAGUAGAAAAUGAUAUAGGUAAAUGUUCAGCAAGACUAUUUGUUAAUAAUACAAUGGCAAUGAGUGGUGAACAAAUGUUGACUGCACACACUGAUAUUCCACAAAUAGUCCGUGUACAUUUUGGUGGAAUUCCACAAGCAUUUUCACAUUAUUUCCCACGGAUUGCCCUAGGAUUUAUUGGUUGUAUGAGUAUGUUAAAGGUGAAUGAUAUUCAAAGACACUUUGUUUUGGAUUCUGUUGAAACGUUUCAAAUAGAAGAGUGUACUUCAUUUUUGUGUCUGCUGAAUCCAUGUAGGAACUUCGGCUCUUGUCAUGAUAUCGAUGGCAAAGUUUACUGCAAAUGUAUACCUGGAUAUACUGGAGAACUAUGUGAAAAAACAGCUUGCGAUGACAAUCCAUGUUAUCUUGGUUCAACAUGCAUCAGUUCACCAGGAACUGGAUUUAUUUGUGUUUGUCCUUUGAAUAUGCACGGUCGUCGCUGUGAAGAAGAAUCAAUUAUAGUUGAUCCAUCAUUCUCAGUAUUUAUUCCCGGAUUCUCAUCAUACGUUGCGUAUGGCAUUAAUGGAAUAAUACAAAAUUAUAUGGAAAUAAAAAUGCGCAUAAUGCCACAUUCUGUUGAUCAGAUUUCAUUGUUAGCUUACAUGGGUCAGGGUGGUGCUUCAAGAGAUACUUCUGAUCAUUUUUCUGUUACGUAUGUUAAGGGAUAUAUUAUGUUGACCUGGGAUUUAGGAUCAGGCGUAAGAAGAAUUUUUACAAAACGCCCACUAUCAUCACGAACCAGAGGACCUUACAUGCUACAUGUUGGUCGACGCGGUCGAGAUGCUUGGUUAUUUGUCGACGGUAUUGGUAACGUAACUGGACAAGCCGCUGGUACAAUGAAUAAAUUAAAUGUGUCACCACUACUUUAUAUAGGUGGACAUAAAUCAAAAAAUUUUGAAACAUUACCACACGAUUUACCGCUCCAUACUGGUUUCACUGGGUGUAUUUAUGAAAUCGAAUUACGAACAGAAAACACAGUCAUUCCUGUAACCAAGUCUAGUCCAGCAUCUGGUCGUGGAGUUGGAGAAUGUCAUCGUAACGAGUGUUCUUAUAAUACAUGUAAAAAUGGUGCUGUUUGCUUGAAUCACGGACCAACUUAUAGUUGUAUUUGUAUGAAAGAAUGGCAAGGUCCAGACUGUACCGUACCUGCAGUAUCGUGCUCGUCUUCAAAUCCAUCUUGUCAGUCUAUGAAGAAUAUAUGA